UUUCUGAUUCUAGAAAUCCAUCUCCAACUGCAGACACCCCUCUCAGCCCCUGUCAUUUUGGAAAACAGUCCCGCAGAAGAAUUCAUGAUAUUUCUGACGGAUGGGACUCUUCUCCAGCUAGAAGAGUCUUCUUUGGUGGGGAGGAUAGAAUCUUCUGAGGACUCCGUCAGUAUGGGCAGACUGGCAUAGGUGGUCAAUAAGGAACAUCUAGAGAUCUAUAGAUAGCUGUUCAUUUGGAAGUUAAUUAAGAAAGAGAACAAAAACUCUACAUUUGGAUCCAAGUGGGUGUGAGCAUAACAGUCCUGUCGAUUGGAGGUCUGCAUACAGGUCGACUAUAGGCUAAUCAACACUGAAAGCAAGGAAGGAGAAAAAAAUCGUGCCUUAUCAGUGCAGGUCCAUCUUCAAGGCUGUGGUGGCUUUGGAUUGGCAGAAGAUCAUUACCUUCAACAGGUCUGCAUUUUGGAACCAUCAUCUUCCACAUCCUGAGCCUGCCUCUACACUCUGUCUAUAUCAUUGACAGAGACUUUUGUGUUUGGAAAGGGGACUGUGUGACUGCUAUACUGAAAACUGACUCUUACUUGUGCUACCAAAUUUAGCCCUGACCCAGUGGGAGAAUUUUAAGACAUCAACCUGGGGCACAUUGAUAACUGAGGCCAAGACUGUACAGGGCUGUAUAAUCGAGCUUCAACCAUGACUGGGGCUAAGAAUAAGAGUAGAACCCAGGCUAAAACUGAAAAGAAGGCUUGCGUACAGGCAAAAGCUGCAACAGAGAAGGAGGCUACUCCUGUAGUCAGGCCUGUAGCCAAGACUCGGGUCAAAGCAAAAGCCAAAUCAGCAUCUAAGUCAGAGUCAGUGACAGAUACAAAAGCAGUGCCUAAGAACAAGGUUGUUGCUGAGGUGAAGGGAAGAGCCUUGUCAGAGCCUAAGACGCUCGUCAAAGCCAUGGCAGAUUUAAGUCCCAAGGUUGAGAAUGAGGCUACCAGCUCCACAUGUAAAAAUGAGAUUUGUAUUGAUUCCUGGUUCUGGUGUGGGGAAGAGGCCAGUAUCAAUUCCUGGUUCUGGACUGGAGAAGAGGCUAGUAAUUGUUCCAGUGCUAAGAAUGAAGGCAAAGAUAAUUCAGUUGCUCAGGUCUGUGCUAAGGAGUUGGAGCCUGUGGCUGGGGCCAGCCAUAAGUCUAGGUCAGGGGCUGAGGAAGAGGAAGAAGAAAAUGUUAUUGGGAACUGGUUUUGGGAAGGAGAUGAUACUAGUUUUGACCUUGAUCCUAAACCUGUGUACAGGAUAGUUAGGCCUCAGCCUGUGGAUGAAAUUAAUGAAAAAAAUAGACCUAAGGAUUGGUCUGAGGUAACUAUCUGGCCCAAUGCCCCUGCUGUAAUUCCAGCAGUGUUAGGAUAUAGAUCCCAGGUCUCAUGUGAGACAAAGCCUCCUUCAUAUCUUGUUUUAGCUUCAGCUGAGGAAAAUGCCCAUUCUUUGCCUGCAUCAACAGCCUGCUCUUCUAGGAAUACUCGCUCAUUGUCACAGCCUAUCCCUGAGUGCCCAUUUGGUUCAGACCCUUGCAUCCAGACCAUAGAUGACAUUAGACGCCAAAUCAGGAUCAGGGAGCUAAAUGGGAUUAAGCCAUUUGCUUGCCCUUGCAAAAUGGAAUGCUACUUGGAUUCUGAGGAAUUUGAAAAACUUGUUAACUUACUUAAGUCAACUACUGAUCCUCUCAUUCAUAAAAUAGCCCAGAUUGCAAUGGGUAUCCAUAAUGUUCAUCCAUUUGCUCAAGAAUUUAUUAAUGAAGUAGGUAUAGUGACACUUAUUGAAAGCUUGCUCAGUUUUCCUUCCCUUGAUGUGAGAAAAAAGACUGUAAUUACUCUGAAUCCUCCUUCUGGGGAUGAAAGGCAACAUAAGGUUGGAUUACAUGUUAAGCAUAUGUGUAAGGAAACUGUGUCAUUUCCCUUAAAUUCACCUGGACAGCAAUCUGGAUUAAAGAUACUAGGGCAACUGACUGCUCAGUCUGUCCAUCACUACAUUGUUGCCAGUUACUUUUCAGAGCUUUUCCAUUUGAUUUCUGUGGGAAAUUGUAAAACCAGAAAUCUUGUUUUGAAAGUACUUUUGAAUAUGUCUGAAAAUCCAACUGCAGCCAGAGAUAUGAUCGAUAUGAAGGCAUUGGCAGCAUUAAAACUCAUUUUUAACCAGAAAGAGGCAAAAGCCAAUCUUAUUAGUGCAGUGGCCAUAUUUAUUAACAUAAAGGAGCAUAUCAGAAAGGGCUCAAUCGUAGUUGUUGAUCACUUGAAUUAUAAUGCACUCAUGGCCAUUUUCCGAGACGUUAAAGGGAUUAUUAAAUCAAUGUAAAAUGAGCCAGAAAUAAAAGAGAGCAUAUUGAACCAUCUUCAAACUCUUAGCAAGCUGUAUAUUCCCAAAGAGCCUUGCAUCAUGUUUUGGUUAUUACAGUGUGCACACUAUUUGAGCUAGAUCAUUUGAGGGUAUCAAAUGAAUAAUUACAUCUUGAGCUGAAAACAUAAAUUAAUUUUUAUCUUUUCUAGAUUGGUACUUUUUAACAUUUUACUUGAGAAGAUACUGAACCAUUUCAUUAUAAGUAAGCCCAUUUGUUUAUUAGUAUCUGCUUAGAUCCAUUUAUGUUUACAAAUGACAGAAAAGGAAAUAUCCUUAAAUUAAGGCAUAUAUAUACAAAGAUAAUAUCUAAGAGUGUAUGUACAUGUGUGCACACAUGGGUGAGAUAUUCUCAUUGCCAAAUGUGCCCUCUGAAUAUGUAAAGAGGCAGGGGUUGCUAUAGGCCAGUGGUUCUCAACCUUCCUAAUGCCGUGACCCUUUAAUACAGUUCCUGUGGGUCGUGACCCACAGGUUGAGAACUGCUGCUAUAGGCUAUUUCAUGUAAGAGCAAUUACUGUUGUCACCUUAUCCUGGAUAUACCAGACAAUAAUUCAACAACACAGAAAUGACCCAGAAUCUCAGACAAAAUGUAGUGUUUGGUCUUUUUUUUUUUUUUAGAAUAUUCAGAGUUUAUUGAUAAACAUAAAAAAACUCUACAAAAGUUAAGACAAGCCUUAACAGUAUAGGGGUGAUGGGAACAGCUCACCAAUCUUCACUUAAAUUUCUACUUCUUAUAUACCUAAAGCUACCCUUUUUCCAAUAUUUGGCUACUACGUUUGUAAUUCUUAAAUUGUUAAGCUUUCUCAUUUGUGUCAAAGUCAUUUCACAGAAGAGAAGAGAGAAAACAUUUCAUGAAUGUCUGUUUUGUGCCAAACACUUCGUUGGCACUGUAGCAUACAAGUUUUUUCCCCCCUCAUAGCAGGCAGGUGGCAUAGCUGUUUUACCUGAUACUAAAGCCAGUCUCACUACCCUACUUUACAGUCCCCCCUCACUUUUUAGUUGAUGUUCCUCAAUGCUCAGAGACUGGUUUUAAUGGUUUAACUUUGUGGUAGAUAAUGUCCCCUGCCAAGUGUUGCAGUUCUUAACUUCCUCCAAAUGCAUGUGUCCAUUAGGCAUUUGGCUAACCUGGCUGGAGGUCAGGAGAAAAGUCUGAGAUGAAUGUGUGGAUUUUAUCUGUAGUAUCUGGGAAAUACUAGAUUCCCAAAACAUUGCUCAAUGAAUAAGAUGUAGAUUAGGAGUCAUCUGCAAGUGAAAUUUGUUAUCCUUUGUAUCCAUUUGUAUUUUUUUUCAGAGAGCUUUAACUUUGCUGUACAUUGCUUUAUAUCCAGUGUUUAGAAAGGUAGGUUUUAUCCUCCCUGCAAAAUCAUACCCUGAUAUUUGUAACAUGUAUGAUUUAUUCUCCUAUGUGCCACAGGAAAGGCCUAAGGGCUUUUUCUUUCACCCUGGCUCAUUUUUGCAUAAAAGUGUAUGGAGUAAACUUAAGAAAAAUUCAGACUGAGAACUCUAGCUUCAACAACCCAAAACAGGAAAGCUAAGAGAGAGGCUGUUAUCUCAACUUGUAAGACAGUGGUUUCUGAAAUCCUACGUGGUCCAGAAAGCAUUCCCAGAACUUUCAGGCUAUGGUUUUGUUCUCUAGACUUGUGAUAGGAAUUACAACCCCGGGUCUGAACUAAAGAGAAAGUCUCUUCUUUGUGAAAAUAUGGGGUUAUGUACUUUGAUAUUUUGAGACAGUUAAGAAAUUAAAGCAAGAUCAUUCUGUAAAUAUGUUUGUAACUUGCUCCCCUACUAACUAUAUUGUGAACAUUUUUCCACGUUAAUAAAA